CGAGAGGAGGAAGAAGAAGACGCUGCAGAUCACUACAGUCGAAAGCAAUUUCUUCGCCAUUAUCACCGAUUCAAUUAUCGAGCUACGUAUUCAAUCGAUCGCCUAUAAAUUUCAACAAUCGCUUCCUCCAUCUUCAUCUUCAUCCUCCUCCUCUGUUUUCAUCUCACAAUGCGGAAUUCAGCCCUUUCUCAGCCCUCCAAUGGCGGCUCGGCCGCCAUUGCCGUCUUCAAAUUCCUCUGCGUCUCCCUCCUGAUUUCCUCCUCCCUCGUUAGGGCAACCAAACGCCCUCUCUCUGACUCCAACAUCCUCUUGCCCUCCGAUUCCGGAAUCGAGAAUGGCCUCAAAUUGCGUACCUGCACCAAAGUAAGCCCGUUGCUGUUCUACCGGCCGGUGAUCGGAAUCCUCAGCCAUCCCGGCGACGGCGCCUCCGGUAGACUCAGCAAUUCCACCACCGCGUCGUAUAUUCCGGCGUCGUACGUGAAAUUUGUGGAAUCCGCCGGAGCCAGAGUUAUUCCUCUCAUCUAUAACGACCCGCCUGAAGUUCUUGAAGAGAAGGUAAAUUCGGUGAAUGGAGUGAUCUUCACAGGAGGAAGGGCUAGAACAGGGGAAUACUAUUCAGUGGCUGAGAAAAUUUUUCAGAAAGUUUUGAGGAGGAAUGAUGCUGGGGAUCACGUUCCUUUAUAUGGCAUUUCCUUGGGAUUUCAGAUCAUAAGCACAAUGGUCAGCAAGAACGAUAGCAUUAUUGAACAAUUUAAUGCAACACGCUCUCCAUCUACUCUACAAUUUAACGACAAUGCAAACAUUCAAGGAACGGUCAUACAAAGAAUUCCACUUUAUUUGCGUAAGAGGUUGACCCAAGAUUGCAUUGCCUGGCAAGACCAUCGUUAUGGAAUCUCGCCUCAAACAUUUGGAGAAAAUGAAGGUUUAUCCAGCUUCUUCCAAGUAUUGACAACUACCACUGACAAGAAUCAGAGGGUCUAUGUUUCUACUGCAAAUGCUCGAAAUUACCCCGUGACUAUAUUUCAAUGGAAUCCCGAGAAAAAUGCAUUUGAAUGGGGUAUCUCCACGAUCCCACACACUUCGUAUGCCAUUGAAUUGACACAAAGCAUUGCCAACCACUUGGUCAGUGAGGCGAGGAAGUCAACAAACGAACCACCUGCCCAAAAGCUUCUUGAGAAACUCAUCUACAAUUACAGCCCACUUUACGGUGGCAAGGCUGGGUAAUUCCAAAUUCACUCUUUUAACCUUGCACCUUUCUUUUCCUUAGUUUCUUUUUAUUUAGAUUA